UCUCUCAAAACACCACUACUCAUUGUGAGAAUUUGAUUUUUUUUUCUCUGAAUGCACCUUGCUGUACGUGUUAGAAUGCUUUUGUAUAUCAAGGAUGUGAUAAGUGGGAAAAUGCACUAUCUCUCACUCAACCUAAAACAGAGAGAGAGAAAUGAAUGAGUAUAUAAGUAGCACUUAUUGGAUUUGCCAGCUUCAUUCGAGCACUAGUCACAUUCCUGUUUCACAUAUCCUCGUCAUCAUGGACUCAUCAUCUACACAUCAGGAGUACAUUCUUCCAUAUACUCCUCCUCAACAAAGCACUUCCUUCCCAUCUUACAGGGCAGCACAAGCUGCACAGCAGAAGAAGAAGAAGCUUCCAACCACCACUACCACUGCUGCUCCCGCUGCUGCAUCCGACUGCAAGGAGUCACCACUGAAGAGCCGUGGUGUCAUUGUGGAGAGGGGGCUGAGCAGUGAGGAAAUCAUCGUACCGGACACUCCGCCAUCUCAUCUGGAGUGGGUACCGAGAUGUGUGCCGCUCACGAUGAUUUCCAACAAGCAACAGGGGAAGAGAAAUCUGCGCUUUCUGGAGGAGGAUGAGGGAACCAUCUUUGUACCCUCAAAGAAACAACGUGCAUAUGAAGCUGAGAACUCCUCCAUCACUCCGCUACUAGAGGAGGUCGAGAUGAUUUUGUUUCACUCAUCAAUAGACCGUCAGCUAAACCAUGGAUGCCUCUCCGCGAGCUGGCAGAAGAUGUCCUGCAUAAUAUUAUCUCUGCUCCUGAAGAAACAAACCACCAUGGGAGGAGAAUCAUAUUAAAAAUAAACAUUGCAUCUACAAAGAAAAUCACUGAGGUAUAUCUACCUCAGAGAUUUUCAUCCACAAUUUCACCGAUAAAAGUUGUCAAAUUUAAUGCCAAUUGUAAAAAUUUAGCAA